CCGGGGGCUGCUGAGAGUGCGCGGAAGGAGCGCCGAAGCGCCCGUUUGGCUUGGCCCGGAGAGGCGUCCCGGGGGCCGACAGGAGGCGUGCCCGGCCUGAAGGAAGAGGACCCCCCCUGGACAGCAAAGGGGGCCGCCUGUCAUUUCUUGGAGUGGACGAAGUCCCCCCCCCCCCGCAAGAGGGCCCCCUGCAAGUGGGGCAAAAGGCAAAGUUUGGAUUAGGUGCAGGUCGGCGUCCUCCGUAUCCACCAACAUAUCCAGGUGGCGGAGCAAAACCUGGGCAGCAGCUCCGCUUCAUUUCUUGCUCCAGAGGAGUUUGGGAGCAGCUAGCCGGGGUCUCUUCAGCAGCUUUCCUUGACCGUUGUUCAGAGCAAGUUUUCUUUCAAGAGUGCCAACGAGGGGGCACCCUAAGGGACGGAGUGUUUUCCUUUUAUUGCCACCCGGUUGAUGUUUUCUGCCUUCCAGCUGCAUCCUGGUAAUCCGGAUUGCUUGAAUUUGCCUAACCUGUGCCUUUCGACAAAGAGAGCCUUGGAUUGUAUUAAGAGCGGGUGCUUGCUGGACUUCCGGCAGUCAGGCACAAACUGCCGUUGUUUGACAUUUGAAAGCUGACAAUCAAGCGUUGCGCUAGCUAACGUACACCCCACCCUAAGGCCAAAUAGGUAGCGGCGGUGGUGGUGGUGGUGGUGGGAAGAGCCCUUGCGGUGGCAUUCUACCCAGUAUAAUUGGUAUCGUUACAGUUUUGCUAAGCGGUUUGGCAUCUGCUAGCGAUUUCUGGGCUGUGCUCGAGUUCAGCGGCAAGGGAGCUGCAGUAUGAGGGACUUGUCUAGUCACGAAAGAGAGAACAACCGAGCGUUUUCCUUGACGGGCUUCCAGUCGGUAUCGCAUAUUGAAAACGGAUGCUUUAAUGUUUAGGAUUUGGACCGCCAUUAGAGACAGGGGAAGCUUUGGGAAGCCUGGUUUGUGUGCCUGUGGGGAAAUAGAAAUAGCUUUUGGAAACUGCUGAGCCUGGGACAAAACUUCAAGCCGUGCCUGGGGAAAGGAAGGGCUCCUUAAAGCCCCUCCGGUCUUUGCUUCUGCAGCUUUGGGUAACGACCCGGCCUCCCACCUGGAACAGCAGACUCUCCCUGCACGGUUUUGGAAUAUAGACUCAAAGGAGGGAGACAGAAGAGGGAGGCACGUGUCUGCCUGAAUCAAGGGUGAGCCAGGCAGUUCGGACUCCUUUCCCUGCUGGGAACUGAUGCCGAGGAGGAGCUGACGAAGAAAGAAGGCUCUCCUUUUCGACACUGGCCAUGGAUGUAUGUUUCCGAGCAACUGUGUGGCUCUUCUGUAGCUUCCUUCUCCAGCAAGGACAGGGGGAGAGGCUCCCAGGGACCCACCUGGAUGACUCCACAAUUGCGGAGUUCUGUCGCAUUGACGAGCCCAUGUGCCACAACGAGGAUGACCAGCUCAGCUUCGAAGCCGUCCGCAGCAUCCACAAGCAGAUGGACGACGACGCGAAUGGCAAUGUGGACGUGGAGGAGAGCGAUGAGUUCCUCCGGGAAGACCUGAAUUACCACGACCCGACUCUGCAGCACAGCACCUUCCACGGGGAGGAUAAUCUCAUUAGUGUUGAAGAUCUCUGGAAGGCGUGGAAGUCCUCUGAAGUGUACAACUGGACGAUCGACGAGGUGGUGCAGUGGCUGAUCACUUACGUGGAGUUGCCACAAUACGAAGAAACCUUCCGGAAAUUGCAGCUCACCGGCCAUGCCAUGCCAAGGUUGGCCAUCAACAAUGCCACCAUGACGGGCACCGUCCUGAAAAUGACCGACCGGAGCCACAGGCAAAAACUGCAGCUGAAAGCCCUGGACACCGUCCUCUUUGGGCCACCUCUCUUGACCCGUCACAACCACUUGAAAGACUUCAUGCUGGUGGUGUCUAUCGUGAUCGGCGUGGGGGGCUGCUGGUUCGCCUACAUCCAGAACCGCUACUCCAAAGAGCACAUGAAGAAGAUGAUGAAGGACCUCGAAGGUCUCCACCGCGCCGAGCAGAGUCUUCACGACCUCCAGGAAAGGCUUCAGAAGGCCCAAGAGGAGCACCGCACGGUGGAGGUGGAGAAGGUCUCCCUGGAGAAGCGGCUGCAAGACGAGAUCAGCAUCGCCAAGCAGGAGGCCCAUCGGCUGCGGGAGCUGCGGGAAGGGACGGAGAACGAGCUCAGCAGGCAGAAGUACGCCGAACAGGAGCUGGAGCAGGUGCGCAUGGCGCUGAAGAACGCGGAGAAGGAGCUGGAGUCGCACAGCAGCUGGUCGGCCCCCGACGCCCUGCAGAAGUGGCUGCAGCUGACCCACGAGGUAGAGGUGCAGUACUACAACAUCAAGAAGCAGAACGCCGAGAAGCAGCUGCUCCUGGCCAAGGAGGGGGCUGAGAAAAUAAAGAAGAAGCGGAACACCCUGUUUGGAACAUUCCACGUGGCCCACAGCUCGUCUCUGGAUGACGUGGAUCAUAAAAUCUUAACUGCCAAGCAAGCGCUGAGCGAGGUGACGGCGGCUUUGCGAGAGCGGCUCCAUCGCUGGCAGCAGAUCGAGCAGCUGUGCGGCUUCCAGAUCGUCAACAACCCGGGCAUCCAUGUGCUGGUGGCGGCCCUCAACAUCGACCCCAGCUGGACAGGCGCCGCCCCUCGGCCCAACCCCUCCCACUUCAUCAUGACCGACGACGUGGACGACCUCGAUGAAGAGAUCGUCUCCCCCAUCUCUAUGCAGUCACCCGCCUUGCCGAGCAGCGUGCGUCAGCGUCUUGUGGACUCCCAGCAUGCCUUGGGAUCUCAGAGGUUGGUAGAGAGUCCGCCGCUCCAGAGUCAGGCUGAAUCGGGGCCGGUGGUCCAUUUCCUGCCAGGCAGGGUCACUCUGCGUCGAAUGCCCAGCCUGACCAGCGGCCAGUCCUUCAGCUCCGAGGUUCCAGGCGCCAGCCCGCCCUUCCCUGUCACGGCGGGCCCUGCCGCCUCGUGCGCCUCCACAGCUGCCCACACGGCUGCACCGGCUUCUGCUUGCCACGGCGUCCCCAUCUAUUACCACCACACGACCUCUUCUUACAUCCUCCAGAUGGACGCCCUGCCCAAUCUGCCCCCGCCCGACGUCACUUCUGGGACACGCUGCCACACCGAGAGCUCUGGAGAUUUGUCCCGCUCUGACUCGGACUCCUCCCUCCCUCACAUGAGUGACCAUCAGCGCAGCGCCAGCGCAGCUCCCAAGCUUCUGCCCAACCGGCCAACCCUGCUGCACAAGGCCACGGAAGAGGCAGUCGGCUCCGGCCACUCGGCCCCUAACGGCGGCCAUCACCGGCACCCGGAGGCCUCCUUUCUGCAGGAACAGCUGCCGGAGAGCCCCAUCGUGAUGAAGAAGGUGAUGAUGUUGAACCACGGUCUGGAGAAGUCCUCCAGCCUCGGCGAGAUCAGCCACUCUGCAGCCAGCGGGAUGGGGGUCCGGCCCAGCCACUCCGACUCUUCCCGGUCCCACAGCCCCAGCUCCACUGAGCCCGACACCCCCUCCCCGGUCUCCGACUCCCGGCCGAACAGCGUCAGCAAGGGCAGCACCCGCAUCCCCCAGCUGGCUUCCAAGAAGAACGCGGGAGAGGAAGACAGCGGCUCCACGGGCGAGGAGACCGACUCGGGCCCGGGCAAGAAGAAGUUCCCCCUCAAGAUUUUCAAGAAGCCAAAGAAGUAGCCCGGGUGUAGGAAGGAGGGGGCAACCCCCCCUGGGACAAGGCCCUGUCCACUGGGGACGGAGUGGGGGCGAGGGAGGGGGAGCCCCCUGCCCCUCAAGAGCACCACACGGGGAGGGGGGGCCCUGGGCCCCACCCCCUCUGCCUGGGAACCCUCCGAGCACAGCUGGGGGUGGGGGCUGAUCAAAUGUGUGUGUUUUGUGACCUCGGCCUCACCUCCUCAGGCUGAAAAGCCCCUCGCUUUGGCUGCGCAUGGCUACCGCUGACGCCUCCUGCUCGCGUGCCACCCCCCCCCCCCCCGCUGCCUUGUUUCUUCUGCUCUGUUUACUGCUUCUCCUCAGCACAGCAAACUCCGAGACCCAGGACUCUUCCCCCCCCACCCCCCGGUAUGCCUGUCCUCUUCCCAGCCCCCCCAGAUGAAGCCCCAAAGGAAGUGUGUGGCAGUACUGAAAGUGUCAAAAAAGCACCAAGGAGCCCACUGCCACAGGUGAAGCCGGCAAGGGGUGCCCUGGGAAUUUAGGCCCAGCGACUGCUUGCUCCGUGGGAGGGAAGGUGGCGGGCGGCUUUAUUCUGCUGGGAGGGAGGGGGAUUUGUGCUCUAGGAGAUGCCCUUGGAUUAGAGUUGCCAUCUCUGGCUUGGCAAGUUCCCAGGGGUGGCGCAUGGGAAGGACGAGUGCGCAGCAGGGAUGCAGCGCUGUAGAGCCCACACGCCACAGCUGCCGUUUCCUCCAGUUGGUCAUUCCAGGAGGACUCCAGCCCCCUUCCAUCCAGGAAACUGGCAACUCUGCCUUGAGUGAGGCAGCAGCUGGGGGGUCCUGUCCAGCCAGCAGGGGGGUCAUGAAUGGCGCUCAGCAGGGCUCCCUUGCAGCGCAGUCCCUUGGUCGGGAAUAAAGGCAGGAGUCCAGCUCUGCUGGCAGAGAGGCCUUGCGUCCCCCCCCUCCCUCCGUGCGCCUUUCAGCAGGCUUCCUUUGCCCCCCAGGAGCAGGGCUCCAACCUCCUUCCGAACGCUGUGCCUUAGGGGUUUUUUUUGGGGAGGGGGGGGUCCAGGAGGAAAGGGCUGUGGGGCUGUUCUUUGCAGGAGCUGAGGAGGGGCAGGUAUUUCUUCAGGGUCCUGGAGGCUGGUGCUCUUCCCAGAGCAGGCGGCGUCCGCUUGGUGGACCUUCGCCUGAGCCCCUGCAGGUGCCGGAGCAGCUGCUCCCCCCCCCCACUCUCGUGCCGGACUCUCCUUGUUUCCUCAGGGAGGAAGCCCCCCCCCCUCCCCAGCCCCGGAUGUGUGAGCAAAGGGUGAAAGGGUUUAGCCACUGGGGCUUCUGCUGCUUUGGGACUCUGUCAUGAAGGGGGGAGCAAUACUUCUUUCCCUGCUUGGGGGGUGGGACCUGAUUUCUGUUUGCACUUCAGACUAGAGCACAAAAGCAGUGGUGCUGGGCUGCUGGCAGGGUCCCUGCUGGGCGCACGCUGCCCCCCCCCACACUUCUGUGAGGCCAGGUGAAACCUCAGCCUCUUACUGACAGCCAGAUCUGCCUGGCAGCGGAGGGCACCACAAGGGUUUCGGGGCGUCUUGUGGAGGUGGGCCAGGGGAGCCAGUGCUGCCCCUGCCCCUCUGCAACAAAGUGCCUGCAUUUCUCAGCUCCUCAGCCUGGGAUGGCGCCUGUUGGCUUGAGCCCCUGCCUUGCAGAGGAAGAGGAAACCCCGGAGCUUGAGUGAGUGGCUCCGGGCAUGCGGGGGUGGGGGUGGGGGGGAGGCUGACUGUUGGCUCAGCCCUGCUUGGGGCCAGUAAGGAUGCCACAAAGAAAGAGCCCAUCUGUGCACCCGCUUUCCAGGACCAGCGUGCCUGGGCUUCAGCCGGAGGGGGGCAGCUGCACCAUCACUCUCGGGAGGUGUUGCCAAGCAAAGAAUGCUUCGCCUCCUCCGGGUCACCCUCUCCUUCAUGCUGCCGGCCGCUAUCCUGGGCAGUGCCAGGCACAUGUCAGGGCGGCAACCCUCGCUGUGCAUCCGCCGAGUCUGAUUUUAUUUUACAGCCAUUUCAUAAAACUGUUUUCAAUCCAAUAAAGCACGUAGGCGAUUUUAA